AUGAAUUGUAUUAAAAUCAUUAAAAGAACUGGCAGUGAUGACUUCAUUGGUGUGUAUCAUGUAUAUAAAGAUAAUGUACCUAGAGUUAAUUUGGCUAUAUCCAAUGAUUUACUUGAAUGGACAUGGCUUAAAGAAUUAGCUGUUCAUGGUUCACAACCAACUAUUGCUGUUCCAGCUGAUCAACCACAAGGAUAUAUCGUUGCAUGGGAAGAAACACCUAGUAGUCAUUUGAAUUUUGCUUUCUAUAUGACAUGGGAUGAUCUUAAGACUGGUAAUGCUGAAAAAAUGCAUGAAGUUAAACGUACAUUGUCUGCUUGUGCUGAAGGUACUCCUAAUAUUUAUGGUGAGCCAACACUAGAUAAUAUUGAUGUUGGAUUUCAUUUUUCUCAUGACUGUACUCUCGAUCGACAAGCACGUGCUACCUUAAGAAAUUUUAGUAUGUGGACUGAUAUUCGAAAACAACCAGAUAUUGACAAUGCUUUAAUUCACUACUUUGUACGAGGUAAUAUUCGCGAUCGAGAUGCAUUAUUCGAUUUUGAUGGUUAUGCAUUCACUAUCAUCGAAGGACAAUUUCAGCCGAAAUCUAUGAAUACUUGGCGUAUAUUUGUGUUUGAUCCACAGACAAAUACUGCUGAUCAAGUACCGCUUGUAACUGAAAGAAGAAGUCAAACAUUUACUAAUCCAACAAUGACAUUAACAACACUGAAUGGACAACGUAUUCUACUGAUCACUCUCUUCAUACGUCCUGAAAAAGCGGGCCAAGGUGAAACGGGUCAACUUAUUUACUAUCGCAAAUUUUGA